AUGAAUAUGGCCUUGAUGAUGUUUUGCCUCAACCACCUCCGUGAUGUUAGAGUAGCAAUGAUCAUAAUUUUUCUUCUCGUGAAACCUCAAGCCACAUGUGCCACAAGCGAGAUCAUCAAUCCAGGGGAGAGAAUUUACAAGGAAGGAAACGUUACAAUCGGCGGUCUCUUCCCAGUUCACGUAAGAGAUGAAUUUAGACCGAAAUUUAUGGGCUUAGCGGAAGCCAUGGUUUUUGCAGUAGAAAAUAUCAACAAUAACUCAAAUCUCUUACCAAAUAUCACUCUUGGAUACGACAUCUCCGACACAAACCUUGAAAACCGCCGGGCCAUGAAAUCCACUUUGGACUUUGUGAAUGUUCAUAAAUUUGCUUUCGCGAACCCUGAACUCAAUGAAACUUGCACAAUCUUACCCAAGGGUAAAUUUUCUCCGGUGGUCGCUGUAGUUGGGACCGGAACUUCGCGCUCCUCGAUUCUGGUGUCAAAUUUAUUGGAAGUGGAAGAUAUCCCGCUUAUAAGCUACGCUGCUACAAGCGAUGAACUCAGUAGCAGCGCCUAUCCAUCGUUUUUUCGCACUGUCCCUCCGGAUCGUUUUCAAUCCAAAGUCAUGUCGGAUAUUGCCCGUAAUUUCAACUGGACGUAUGUGGCUGCCAUAGCUGUAGAUGACGCAUACGGGCGAUCGGGGAUUGAAUAUUUCCGCAAGCAUUCAAAACCCCUGGGAAUUUGCAUUGCAUACGAAACAUAUUUCCCGUCCAACGGUCAGAGAGGGAAAGAGAAAAUCCGAACUAUUAUCGAGGACCUGAAAGAGCGGGAAGAAAUUGGUGUUAUAAUUCUGUACUGUACGAGUUCCCCGGCUGUAGAUGUUCUUACAGAAGCUCUUCGCCAAGGUCUCACUGGUCGCACUUGGAUUGCUAGUGAAGCUUGGGGAAACCAUGAUCGUGUAAUCAAGCGCACAGACUUGCAACCCAUCCUAAAAGGAAUGCUAGGGGUUGUAUUCACGAGCAUUACUGUGCCUUCCUAUAAACGUUAUCUUCUGUCACGCACUUCUGCUUACAGGCCAGAGCCAUGGUGGAGGCACUUCUGGGAGAGACAAUUCGGUUGCACUUUUAACGUCACGCCAUCAAAUGGGCUGGAACGGUGUUCAGACCACCUUAAAAUUACAGAGAAUAUCUACGAAGAAACUCUAGCCAGCAGCAUGUCUACCUAUGUUAUAAACGCUGUGUAUGCAAUAGCGCAUGCGUUAGACGCCAUAUUCAGGUGUGAAUCUUCUUUAAUGAGCCAAUGUCCUAAGACACAACCUUUUGUUGAACCACAAGACGUUUUGCAAUACUUGAAAAAGGUUAAUUUCACUACUGAAGUGUCCAAUGUGUUUUUCGAUGAAAAUGGUGAUUCCCAAGCAUCUUACAGCAUCAUCAACUAUCGAGUUGACAACAUAACAGGCGGCCAAGUGGAAACUGUGGGCACUUGGGAAGAGGGAAAGCUCCAACUCAACAGCAGUCUCAUAAUGUGGAACAACGGCCUGAAAGGAACUGAGGUCCCGCGUUCGGUUUGUAGCGAGAGAUGCAAGCCGGGAUACAGACAAACACAGGAGCUAAACUGUUGUUGGCAAUGCAUCAGGUGUUCACAGGACACUAUUUCCAGCGUGUUUGGGGCGAUGAAUUGCACGCCGUGUAGUGAAGAUCACAUUUCAAAUGAAGCGCGUACGCAGUGUAUGCGUGUUCCUGUCGAGCGCAUUCAAUGGGGAGAUUCAUUCGGAGUUUUAAUCGCUUUUUUCGCUGUUUUAGGAACUAUUGCUUCGAUCCUUGUUGGAGGAGUAUUUGUCUGGCGUAAUGAAACUCCAAUCGUUAAAGCAUCUAAUCGGGAACUCAGCUACACAUUUCUAUUCAGUAUAUGUAUGAACUAUCUAGGGGCCUUGAUCAACCUCGCCGAGCCAACUGAUUUUAUUUGCCCAUUACAACAAGUUUGGUUUUAUAUUUUCUACACUGUUGCUAUAUUAGUCCUCGGCGUCAAAACGAAACGAAUUGUACAUUUGUUUGAAAAUCGAGUUCCACGGUCUGAACUCACCCAAUCAUUCGUCCAGAGACACAAGCACAUUCUAAUACUAGUCGGCGUUAUAACCCUUGUGGUAUUCAUUCUCAUUACGUGGUUUAUCGACGACAUUCCACGGCCCCAUGUGGACAAAUCCAUCAGGACCCCUCACUAUUUGGAGUGUUUGGCAAGUUCCAGUGUGCUUGGAAAAGUUUGCCAGUAUCUCCUCAUUGCCAUUCUUGUCAUUGUUUCCGCAGUCUGCUGUUAUUUUGCAUUUAAAUCCAGGAAAUUGCCCCACAAUUUUAAUGAAGGAAAAUUUAUCGCGUUCGCAUUGUACACCAUCGUGAUCUCUUGGGUGACUUUUUACCCAGUUUAUCUGAACAUACGGGGUAAAUACUCUGUUGUUAUCGCAGGCGCAGCUUCUAUCAUCGCCGCCAGUGGACUACUGGUAUGUAUCUUUGCGCCAAAAAUUUAUAUAAUCCUCUUACAUCCUGAGAAAAAUACGGUCGCUUACAUGAAAAGCCAAAUUACAAACCACACUUUCCAUAGGAGUGCAAUGGAUGCAGAGUCCCGGCACAGGUCAUAUAACAGCCCGGAGAGUAACCUGGCCGCAGGGACCCCUACGGGAACCUCGGUUCAGGCGGGGACUCCGACGUCAUCGCGGCUGGAUAUCGUAGGUCCGAAAGUGACAGAAGCGGACAAUCAGAAGGCUGUUACCGCGUUAUAAUUUGUGUGAUUAUAGCGGAGGUUUGAGUUUCUAGACAGACUCUGCUUGUUAUUGUGAGAUAUUUAUUUUUUUCAUGGAUUGGAUAUUGAAUAUUUGAGAUUUAAGCUAAAUCGGAAAAGUUUUACAUAUUACAUUGGUCACUGCCAAAUGAAAACAGAACUGGUUUCACAUUAUGAGAUAAUGAAAAUGCAUUUUUCUCUGUUUAUUUGAAAUUUAAUGAAAACUCGAUUUAAUUUAAUUAUUCAAGAUUCAAAAUGAAAUUAAAGAGAAUUACAAAGCGAUCAAUAUUUGCAAGUGAUGCAAAGGUUUUAACCAAAUAAAUAGAUAUUUAAAAUAAAAAACCAUUUUAAAUAAAUGAAGAGUUGUGUGAUCUCUCAGUGGUUUGUCUCACCCUAAACAAUGUUAGUAUGUCGUAAAAGGCGGUGAAUACUCAGUCUAUGACGUUGAAUAUUUCCGCGUCCUUUCAUUGUUUAAAAAUUUGCACACAUCUGACGCAAAAGGACUUCAGUGAAAACAAAAGACAAAGCUUUCCUAGUGGUGUGUGGAUUAGCUGGUUCAUAUUGUAACCCAGAUGAUCAUCAACUUGUCCUCAAGACAAGCAUCAUUUUUCGAGGAAUGUGGUGAAAAUUUUUUUUUUUCCUUGUGUGCUAAAAAAAAAAGUGGUAGGCAUGUAGCUGAUGGAUUUUUUGCAUAACUGUGAAAAGAUCUUAAAAAACAUCUUACCAAAACUCAUAGGCCUUUUGGCAUAAUAAUCGUGUUCCGUGAGGUUAAUUUAAGGCUACCGUAUGAAAGUUGUCAAUACGAACGGCAGCUGAACGUCGCGUGCAUGAAAACAUUACAACCAUUGUGUUUAUACUUAAAUUCCAAUCAUUUUUUUUUUAGGGUCGCCCACCCUAAAAAUAGACUCCUGAAGAGAGAUCCGUCAUUUCCUGUUUUGUUCGAUGACGAUAGCACAUGUUUUUCACUUUCCAAUCGCUGAUUAUGUAAACUGACCGGCCUUCCUCAGCGCCCGUCCAAUAAAAGGGACCUUAAGCAGUCAGGACGGCAACGCUAAGGAGGACCUCGAUAAAAAAAUGAAUUUCUGCCUUUAAUUAGAAUUUCAAAAAUGGUUGCAUGUGUUUACCGUCUCAUACGGCGCCACACCUCAACUUCAGCAUAACGCAUAAAAGAAGCGUUGAGUUCCAAAUGGAAAUUAAAAUAAUUUGCCGUCGCGGUUUCGGUUCGCCGACGACGCAAAUUGUGGUGACGAUUUCAUGUUCUUGUUUUGCAUAGGAUGGCUAAGAAAUGUACAAAAUCUUUAGAGCAAAUGUUACCAAAAAUCAAACAUUUUUAAAAUUUCGUGGCAACAGUUCAAAAAUCAAUUUGGCCCAUAAUCUCAUGUUAGGUAGACCUUAAUGUAAAACAAAACACGGCAUAGUUCAUUUUGCUAAAUAUCGAUUUGUUUUCGAGAAAAUCGAUAAUCACUGAAUUUUGUGAAAACGGCGCUUUUUCAUUGCAAAAUUUAGGGCGAUUCACGACGCCUCGCGUUACAAAAUAAACACUCUAAGGCAAUAAAAUCAACCAUAUAUUGUAGAACGAUGUCAAAAAAAUACCCUAAAAACUAUUUCUAUCAUUUCUCGAUUGUUUACUUUUACAAUCUAAUUUAAUCAACCUAUUUUUAUCGAGAAGAAAACGUAUCCAAAAUUAGCCUAUUAUUUAAGCUUGCGGUAAUGCAUGUAAUUCGUUGAAAAACUAGCGUUUAAAAGUUAUAGAGUUUUUCUUUUAGAGCCUCAAAGGAUUUUUUGGGGAAAUGAUUCAGAGCGAAGGAAUCGUUUACUAAAGUUGGAUAAAUUGCGUUGCCGUUUUAACUUGUCGCGUGACAUGACACUGCAACGCACAUUACACUAGACUAAGCACCUAAAAAGUUAAGGAGGAUGCAUAAGUCUAUAUAUUAACGUAUAGAAUCUUACCUUUUUGCCUUCAAAUCAAUGAUGAAGAAAACUGUAUUCCUGAAGGUCUCGUUUGGUUGGUGAACUAAUCGUGCAAAACAUUUCCCACGACGUUGCGGUGGUAUUGUUUAUUUUGUAUGCUUCGGACGUUUAUAGCCUUUGUUGUGCGCAUUCACUGCCUCCAUUUUCCCCAAAAAUGGUCUUAGAGUGCCUUUCGUUAACUGUUGUUUGCCGAAACAUUAGUUUUGAACUGAACAUUGAACCAAAGCGGAACCAAGAGACCUCAAGUCAAAAACAUAUGUUGUCACGUGGGUGAUGUGAAAUAUCGCUUCAAGUGAAAAUUGUAACAUGGAACAAAUGACUAUUGGACCUAAGUGAUUUUUUAUUAGAUAUCAACGUAUAAAAAAGGAAAGACAAACGGAACCCUGUUUAAAAAAAGGAAGGUAAAAGAGUGACAAAUGCGAUCGCUAUAGAAAAAUCAUUACUUGAGGAAACAAAAAAAGUUUCGCGGCUUUAUCUCGGGGAAAGUUGUGAUGUCGUCGCUAUCAGUUUUAUUCGUAUAAAUUUAAUUAGGAAAGUCGGUACUAAUUUGAAAACAGGUGUCAGAUUUUGUUUGUUUUGAGCGAAAUGAGAUAAUUUGUUUGAAGUCUAAAAGGGGAGUCGUCACUUUGUAACAAGUUUAGUGAAACUUUGUAAACAGAGAGUUGCGACGUGUGUCAUUGAUUGAAUAGGGAGGUGUGCUGUUCUCUCAAGUCUAUCGUAGGAGGAAUGUGUGGAUUUCACAUUAGAGACAGGAAAAAAGAAGCACAAAUUAUCCCUUUACUGGCCUGUUCAAAACCAAUUUCCAACCAUACUGCAAGCCUGGGAUUUUCCGGUCCAGAGGACGAAUUCGAAGUUGACCUUAUCCUCAGCCGAACAGCAGUAUAUACUCAACAAACAAAUGCUAUGACCAUUUGUCCAUUACAUCGCGAAAAACUUGGUUUGGACUGGAGGCGAGGAUCUACUGCGAGGUGCGGGGUGCCAUAGGAAUUAUCCAAUCAUGACAGAAGAGGCAAAAAGUGGCCGAAGUGCGACCGAGGAAUCGGGAAAAUUGAUUCACAAAUAAUUCCAAAGAAAACUGGAGUGUUUCUUCAUAUAGGCUCAGGUAAGUUUGCAUUUUGUAAACUUGGUUUCACUCUACGAACUCUUUAAUUUGUUUGUCUCUUUAAAGUUAGAGGAGACUGAUGACCAAUCACACCAUGUGUUUUUUUUUUGUCUCAAAAUGCGUAGAAUAUUUGGCUGGUUCCCUCGAAUUUUCUCUGAGUCUAGUUACAGGAAACUAGUACUGCUAUCGGCUUCCGUAAUGCAAAACACAGUUUUGUAUUAAUAUGGGAUUUUGACAUGUUUUAAUCUAUACUCUCUCUAAAAUAUAACUCAAAAGGAAACAUAACCGUGAGGAGACUGGAACGAAUGAUUGGUUUCUGUAGUUGACCCCUGUUCAAUAAAUUGUCAUAGAUUUAAGUCUAAUUGUAAUUUCUCUCGCUCCCCCCCCCCCUUUUCCCUUGCUGUAAUUUUUUCUUCCUCUUAAAUUUUCUCUCUUAUUCUCUUCUCUUUCAUUUGUUUUUGUAGUUUAGAAAGAGAAGGACGAGAGAGGGAAUUUAAGACAUGUCUUCAAUGUGUCAGUUUUUAAUAGACGGCUCGUUAAGUUGUUUGCCUUUGGUUUGCUUAUUAGUUUGAAACUGGUUUUGGAGGAAAGACAAACGAAAAUCACUUUUAAACCUGAUCUCUGAUCUUGAAUUCAGAGAUAAGGUUGGGAAAUCUUCCCACCAACACAUUUCACGUCCGGUCUGCAGGCUGGCGUGUGAACAAACAUGACAACUGCGUUAUCUUGACAAAUCAUCUAGUAGUUUGGUUGAAAUUUAUAUUAAACGAAGGGACAGCAGAAACACAAUCUAUGCCUUUGAUUUUAAAACAUGUUGCUUAAGUUUUUACGUCAAUUCCUCUUUCGAUUGAAUGCUAUCUUUGAAACAAUUUUAUUUCUGUGUGUUACUUCAUAAAUUGGAAGGUCGGUUAGAACUGGGCAUUUUAUCCAGCUUUAAAAUUAAAAUUUCUUCGCGUUAAAUUAUUUCCCCAAAAAUUCCUUUGUAUAUGUAAAGAACAAUUACUCAGCUAACGAAAUCCAGAGUUUUCGACGUAUUUCAUUUAGUACCACAUACUUAGAUUAAAGGUUAUUUUUUAAUUUUUUAGUAAGUUUUCAUCUUAAUAAAAGAGGGUUCGCGGAUUGUAAUUAUAUUUUCAAAGUAAAUAGAAUAGAGUAGCUCAAAUUCCUUUUCACACAUAUUUUGGCAUCAUUCUAUGAGAUUCAGUAUAUUUUAUUUCUCAAGAGUGUGUUAUUUCGUUACGCGAAGCCUUCUUUUUCGCCCUAAAUCGUGAGCUCAAAAUGUGGCAAAUUCUCAAGAUUCGGUUAUUAUCGAUUUUCUUGAAAACUAAUUGAUAUUUAGCCAAACGAACUAUGCAGCGUUUUGUUUUGCAUUAAGGUUUACCUAAACUGAGAAUAUGGUCCAAAUUAAAUUUUGAACUGUGGCCACGAAAUAUUUGGCCGAUGGUAACAUUUGCUCUUAAAACGCACGUACUGAGUUAUUGUUCCGCCAAUUAGAUAUUUUGUUUUUCUAUGUCCUCGUUGCCGUCGCCGUCGCCGCUGUGGUUUGCUUAAGGUCACUAAUAACAGGAUGAUACAAAGGGCCUUAAUGAUGUGAUGGAAUUAACUUUACAAAACUGAAUCAAUUGGAAGUUUUUAGAAUUGUGCCUCGAUGGCCUUACUCACUUAACAUUCUUCCCCUCUCACGAUUCUCCUUCGUAUCUUUCAACGUUAUUUACUAUAUCUAUUGCCUGUUUAUUUAUUUUAUCCUACUUAUACUUGUUGGGCCUGACCUGAGCUAACAGGCCUUUAUAAUUCUUAUUCGGUUUCCUGGCCAUUAAUGUUUUUUAUUUCCCAUAUGUAAUUGCAAAUAAAAUAACAAAUAACAAAUAAAGUGAAAUAAAAAUAAACGCAUCAAGCUACCCUCAGACGUGAGAGAAAAUACUUUGGGAAAAUGUAGCUUACGCGUUCACCCUCCUACCGCCCCAGAGAGAUAAAGUUUCUCCUUUGGGGGAGGGUACAGCUACACGUAAGCCAAGGAAAAUGCAAAUCCGUGUUGUUUGUCUUAGAUUUAGCGUGGGCGUCCUACGACAUCAGUCAAAACAACAACUUGUGGCUUUAUCGUACCCAAAUCACCGCUCCAUUUUUUCCUGUCUUUUUUAUUAUUCUGUCUUUGUGGAUGAUUUUGUAAGAUUUGCCAAGUAUCGAAAUCGCCAAAUUAGUCAAAUUCAGCCGUAGUAGAGAAAGGGGCCACUCGGCAAGCGGAGGCGUCGUAUUCAGUAAUUAGUAACUAAGAGGACGCAUCUUAAGUUUCAGGGAUGGCCUUCCCUGAAUUUCUGUUUUUCUGUUCUUUUCCUUUCUUUUUCAAGUUUCUCCUUUAUCUUAAUCUAGGUUUGGGUUUUGGCAGAUAGAUUGCAUCAUCGUGUGCUUCCCCUCCUGAGAUCAAAAGUGAAUUCUGGAGGGAGAUCAUAUUUAUUUUUAUCGAGGAAUUUGUUCCUCUUUCAUCAAAAAGCAGAUUAUUGUCGUUCCUAUGACUGCAUGUGACUAGCUCAUGAUGUUCCUUUUUAACGGCUCAUCUGUUUAGUAAGUGUGUAUGUUUCUACGCUGCAAACUGUGAAUCUUGAUUCGAUUUUCGUUUUUAAAAUUCAUCAUCGAAUUAAUUUAAGGAGUAGUUUUAGUAUUCUGGAUAGGAACAUGAAAGAAACUGGUCAGGUCUCUUACUCAACCUCGCCUGUUUUUUGGUCCUUGGUCACCCCAACUCGAAAUAUGUGACAUUUGAAGUUUGGGCAUACGUGACAUGUUAGGGAAUGCGUAACGAUGAAAACGUGAGGCCUUGUUGACGACCUCCUGGGGAAGCUUGCGAACAAUAUUGACCGGCUCAACCAGCCCACGCACGCUUCCUUUGAAGACUGCGUGACACAGCUUGUUACGGCAGAAAUCACGGCGCCAAUCGUUCCACAUUCCAAAGUUUUACAAUUGGUCAACUUUUUAAGUGCUCAAUGCUCUAGGGAAUUAAGAUAAUUCCAAACUUCAAUGGCUUGCAUUAAUGAUUCAACCAAUAAUCUGUUUUGUUUUCUCACCUCUCUGUUAUUAUUGUGAUAAUCUUUUAUCAAAACAACACAAACCCAAGCAUGUCUCUGUCCAUAGUGGCUCUCUCAGUUGUCAUAGGUACAAAUCUUCCUCUCAUUCUGGGCACGAGUUCGGCAGAGACCAAUAUUCAAUGUCAUCAAAACAACCAAUAGAGAAAUGAUGAAGCUUUUGAACUAAAUUGAUAAUAUCCCAUUGCGGUUUGGCAUUGACCCUCCACCGUGGCAACUUAUUUGAACACCAUUCACGUUCUGGAUUUUGCACAGUUCGUGUCGAACAUAUAUAUUCAUCAAAACACGAUAAUUUUUUUUGCUUAACAUGCGAGCACAAGUACGUGUUUCACUUCACAUGACAUAAGCCAUUCACGGUUUUGCCUGACGUAAGUUACCUGGCACAGGUAUAACAUCCUGCAAUAUUAGACCUCAUAUCAUUUCUCUUUUCAUACCCUACAACAGUCACAGAAAAAAAAAUACGUGCACACAAGGAAAAUAAUUCUAUGGCGGUUGGGAACAAAAUACCAUGGUUUUAAGGUUUCACUAGGGGUGGAUAUACAGUGUCACGCUUCAGUGCGUAAAGAAUAGAUUAGGGAGGAGAGAGAGAAAUGUCGUUACAACUCAAGAAAAGCGGGAUUGCAAAUGGAAAGGGCCAAAACAUUACAUAUGAUACCAAAGUUGAAUUAUAUUUUGUUAUUCAUAAACACUGUCCUCAAGUUGGUGGGGGCUUUUUCUUCUACGAGUCUUGCAUUACUUGUGCCACUUUCUCCUUCCUUCCCACCCCCCCCCCCGCUACCUCGACGUUUCUCCAGGGUACUACUCACUGAGUCAACAAAUUCAUUCAAACUAUGCGCGCUCCCAGAGGUGACGAUUUCGUCUGUUAUUAAAAAUUACAUAUGUACACAAAAACUCAUUCCCAAAAUAGCCAAGUCGCAGUGUAGACGUGUUACUCUCGUGAGCAAUAGGAGUGGUACGGUAAAACAGAAUCUACAAUCUCACACUCUACAAAGUUCUCAAGACUUGUUAUUCACGUAAGGACUAACUCUAACGGCCGUGCUUUCAAGACGCAUUUUAUCAGCGAGGCCAACACAAACAGUGAGUCAACUUGUUUAUAGCUAGGUGUUUGAAGUGCCAUCUCGUGUCACAUAAUCGUAAGAGAUCCAAGCACCUCGGUCUAAUUGUUACUGAAGGACGAAUCUAGCUACGUGAGUUUCACAUCACGACAGAACGUCUGCGUUUUGUAUAGGAGAUAUCACCAACUGGUCUGAUUGCAAAAACGUUCUGCUCUGUUCAAAGAAACAACGGUUGUAAACAGUGACAGACGUUAUGUGUGAUCACAAUAAAUGCCACACACACCCCGUCAAGGCCUCAGCGGAUCCAUGUGACCAGUGGAGUAUAUUGGACAGUGUUGACGAAGAGACGCUAAAAACACUCAUCUCUGCGUUUGGACUAGAGUUGCAGCAUGAUUUACCAGAGUUAAAAGGAUCGCUUAAUUUAAUGACUAAUUCUUCAGACGAUGAGGACCCGGAGCGAUAAGGUACUACCGCUGGCGUAAGGGGAGUUAGCCUUGGAUCACAGAACCUGUCUAGACACAGGGAUCGAAUGUGGAUAAACGAUUAUAUAAAUUUAAGACUCUAUUUCAAAGAGGAAAUAUUUUGUACAAAAAUUAAUCGAACAUUCAAUGACACCACCGAUAAAAAUAUUUUAAUCUAUUUGUUGUUUCUGCAGUGAAAUCAAAGCCCUUAGGGCUUUAAAGGGAUCAUUCAAGCGUGGACAUAGUUGAAACGUGUUGAAAGCAGUGUGUCAUGUUUCCUUUUACGUUCAUCUUACAAAACCACAAAUACUCGAUCGUGGCCGAACACUUUUCUGGAAGCAGGAAAACACCCUAUCUUUAAGAUUGAUCAAACAGACGAUAGUAAUAUACAUGUUUUUUGCGGAGUAUUGCGAGACUUCGGUGGCUUCUUCGAAUUCCUGGCUUGUUGCCUGCUUGUGGCAUGCAAUGUGAUCGGAUACGUUAAAAUGUGCAUGUAUUACGAAAAAAGAAACAAGUUUAGAUAAUUAUUUUUAAAAUUCUCAAUAGCUCUGUUGAGCUAUCAAGAUAGUUUUGUUGUUUUCUGGGUCCUAGACAACUAGUUCUCUUUGAAAACAAACGCAAACAAACCUGACAUGCGAGAAAUUGACACUUGAAUGAAGAAGAAAUACUAUGCAUGCAAAAACGUAAUUAGAAUGCUAAAUGAUAGCAGAUUAAGCACGUCAGUAAAUAGGUUAUAUUCCAUCGCAAGUUUUAAUCAUUAAACAGCAAUGGGUAAAUCUAAAAAACAAAGCGUAUAAUGAUGAGAAUUUUUCUUUGAUCGGACGUUACAAAAUGUACCUCCAGUCACAUCCUAAUCGCUCCGUUUUCUUUUAAAGAACAUUGUUUACGAUCAUGGAUCACAUAUUUUGCGAGAAAAUGCAAAACCAAAGCAACGCGUGUUUUCGUGUAAAACCCUUUUCAUUUAAUUAGGCGUGUGACAUCCCUCUAUGGUAGCAUCUGCCCGCCAUGGAACAUGGAUUCUGUUUCAAUCGAGGUCUCACGAAGAUCGUGGUCGAUUGAAGAAAUUUGUAAAGAAUUCUUUAGGUCGAAUCACCAUGAAUAACUUCUUGGCACAGGAGAGAACACAUUUUAUAUAUAAGGCACAGUCAGUCUCGUGCGAAUCAGUACGCUCACGUACUAAGGUCAAUAUACUGUGUGCCCUCUUUAAGUUUUUCAUUUACCAUUUAUUUAUAGACAGAAUAUUUAAUGACCUAAGGGGGCCGUUCGGAAAGCUGGAGCCGGGUUCUGUAUCCUUCCAAACUAAAAGUAGGAAUAAGUCCGACAAUGAGUGAACAUUUUACAAUUUUAUCCAGGUCAUUACCCCCUGUGUUACAGCAUGUUGCGUGAGACGGACAUGAAUCUUAUUUUUUGUAACCUAAGUAAAAAUUGAAAAACAGAUAUCAAUUAACCAUUUUCUUCUUGGAAUGAGGCUGCAGCAUGGGAGGUACAUCCCGCCGGGUUCAAAAUAAGUGGCGCAUUUUAACCCUAACCCUCUCCACCCAUUUCAAUGAAUCCAAAUUGGCGCGCUUUACUCUUCGCUUCAGGUAUAAAGGUUUAUUGUAUGAUUAAUUCAAGCCCUAAACUGAUCUCGGGAGAAUUUUUAUUUUGAUGUACAAAAGUAAUUAUAGCACGAUGAUUUAUUUAAUACGCAAUUAAAAGUCACUCGUUAGAAGAUUGAAAGGCUAGGUCCAAAGAAGUGAGAGUAACACGAGUAUGAGAGUCUUUUUAAUAAAGAAUGAUUGCAACAACAGGUACCGAGGCAGAUCCGUAACUCUAUCACCCUCAAUCAACUUUGCCUAGAUGAUAAGCCCGUUGGAAUAGUCUACUCGUUGAGCUGCGGCAAUGCAUGAACAUUUUCUCUUACCUUUUGAAUCCAUGUAGUCCAGUAUCAUCUAAAACAUUCAUUGAGAGCGGGCACGUUUCCGUAUAAAGUCAUUAACGAUCUUCAGAAUUUUUAAUUAGUACUGGUUGUAACUUGCCGGAAUUUCUUAAGAUUCAUUUAAGCAUUGGUUCAUUAAUGAUGAAUGGUUUUCUUCCUGAUAAUUGAACAUCGUGGAAAAAUAAAGUUGUUGUUCUUGUUUCUUAUUUUCGAACUGAAAAAUUAAAACGGAAACUACCGUGAGCUUGCGACUCGGUGUUGGCCAGAAGUUCACGUGAGAAAUCAUACUCUCUUUUUUCUUUUCUUUUUCUUAAGAAACGUUUCAUUUUGGAGCUGAGGCUGAACGUUCUUUUUUUUUUUUGUAUGAUUUGAGCCUGACAACGUCCUUAACUUUUUCUUAAAUUUCUGUGGUAUUAUAUUUCAUUGACUAGACUAAGUUCGACCGCAAACUGAGUUGUUUUUCAGUGUAUCAUGCAAUACGAAAACCACAUCACGGUUAGGGUUUAAGAAUGUCCCCUAUGUAUUUGAACUAAUGAUCCUGUAAGACCACAGUUUUGCAUUCUUUUACUUAUAUUUAUACUUUUCACAAAAAAUGUGCAAAAUAACUGACUCUCCUGUUGGUUGAUCUCAGCUUGAACGUUCUUAUAAAACAGGAGUGCAUACGUUUGGAACCACCGAAAGUAUUCAGCGUAUCAGACAGAAUGACAUGAUGGUGAAUUUGAAAUCUUGAUACAAAUAAAAUGAUGGUCUGCGAGCUAAAUCAGUAUUGUGUUCGGUUUUACAUAUAAUUUAUGCUGAUCACGAAUGUUUACCCACCUCGGCCGUCGGUUUCGCAUAAUACUACGCUUGUUCUCGCGUGGUGUCGAGCGCUCCUCGCUUUGUUCUCGCGUGUUGGCAAGCUCGUGCUCUGCUAUUCCUCAACUGAUUUAGAGACAAUCAAAACAAGACAAACGAUGGAUAGAGCUGGAAGAUAGCGCAAACUGCUUAUUUGUGCAACAAGGAUGCGAACGUUCUAAAAGAAAUUUGUGGUUGUGAGCCAACGAACUCUGAGCUAUUUCACCCCAGAGCUUCUAGUACAGGUCACGGAUUCGGAACCCAGUAAGUUUGUGGAUAAUGCGAUGUGAGUACUCAAAUUAUUAUAGGCAAUAUUUCAAGUUAUUCAUGGUGACGCAGCGAAGAACGUUUCCAAACUCUUGAUUAAGUUCAAUGCAAUCAAAAUUGGUCUGUUGUCGACCGAACCAAACUAAAGUUCUAUUAAACUUUUCCUUAAAGUUACCCAAGCAACACGUUAAGGAAUAAAUAAAGGACAGGAAGGAAUAACGAAAUAGAAACUAGAAACAGAGACGUUUAUAGUUACUAAAUUUUAGUCAAAUUUGACCGGCUUACGAUUGGUCAUUUCAAAAUCACCUCGCUGUGGUACUGGUAGAAUAUAAAAAAUCAUUAUUAGACGCCAAAGAAAACCACACUCACUUAAAUUUCGAUUACACAGUCAGACGUUCUGCUUAGUGGGCAACAGAGACUAGGUUAACAGGCCCCAAGGCAUGUGCUAGGUUGACAUGAAGCUGGCAGAAAAAUAAAAUUUCAUUAGCGUGAAGAAUUUUGCUUGCUAGAAGUACCCCACCGUAAAACUGUCAUUGUUUCUCAGAACUGUUGCUAGAGAAUUGAACUUAAGGAAAACAUUUACGUUAUUGUUUCAAAGUCUUUGAAUAAAAAAAAUGAAAUGAAUUGUUGUUUACAGUUAGGCUUACAAUAGUCUAUUGUCAGGCAAAUUUUUAAGAGUUCCCAAGAGAAGAUUAUGAAUAUGUAAUUGAGGUUCUUGAACUGUUUCAUUUGGGGCCAAAAUGCGAACUUCGUACAAACUAACGCUAAAAAUCUCUCUCUUCGUCGCUAUCAUAUCGGGUGCUUUUUCCAAAGGUUGGAAAGAAGAACCCUUUUACGAAGACUGCAAGUAUGGUGAUGUUUUAGUAGUCGGUCUCUUCAGUCUUCACAGGAAAACUGCAGACGAUGAAUGCGCCACUUCAUUGAACAUUCAGGAGUUUGCUAAUGCACAAGCUAUGGUUUACGCAAUUGACCAGGUAAAUAAGAGCCCGUAUCUACUUCCGAAUAUAACACUGGGUUAUCGGAUUUUUGACACCUGUGGAAUUCCUUCAAGAGCAAACGCCAUGGCAUUCUCAUUGGUGACUGAUAACACUCCAACCGAACGCGGUGAUGUGUCUAACGCAACCACUCCAGACAAACAGGUUUUCAGCUCAUGCCGCGUAAAUGUUUCAACUCGUCCAAUUGCAGCGGUCAUUGGUCCGAGUGAUUCUGCUAGUUCAGUUGUCGUGGCAAGUAUGUUACAAGCUGGGAACACGGCACUUAUCAGUCCUUCGGCAACAAGUGACGAGCUAAGCCUACCUUAUUACGAGACAUUUUUCCGCACUGUACCCCCGGACAGUCAACAAGCCGUAGCAAUCAGUGAUGUCAUCAACUAUUUCAAUUGGACUUACAUUUGGGUAAUCGGUAGCGACAGCUCUUACGGAAGAUAUGGCGUAAGAGCUUUGGAGCAUGUAGCACAUGAGCGAAACACUUUCUGUAUUCACAGCAUAGAUUACAUCCCUUCCGCAAAUUACGAAAACAAAAUUCAGAGAAUCGUCACAAGGUUGAAAAAGGCAACCACUGUCAAAGUCAUCUUGCUUUGGACGGGAGGCAUUUCAACUCUUCAUUAUUUCUUCCAGGAAUGUUACAAACAGAAAUUGUUUGAUCGUACUUGGAUCGCUCCGGAUGGCUGGUCAGAAGCAACUUCUGUGUUAACAUCCUUAUAUUCUCUUGAGUACAGUGCAGUCAUCGGAACUACUUUUCGCCGUUUCAACGCAUCCGGCUUCGAAGAGGAUUUCGUGUCUAUCAACGCGUCUUCACCGCGCUUUCAAAAUGAAUGGUCGAAAGAAUUUUGGCAACAAGUGAACAACUGCUCUCAGUUGCCUUGGAAGGGUUGCGGAGAUCAGCUGACCAGGAUAAACGAGGAUUUAUUUUCAAUCAUGCACUCUACAACCUCAGCUUACGUCAUUGAUGCGGUUCAGGCUGCUGCGCAUGCAAUUGAUGCAGUUUACCGCUGCCAACAAGGCCCAUACAACUUGUCUAAAACCACAUGCCCACUUUCAAAUGCUCUCGCCGACAAUGUGUUACGCUUUCUGAGGAAUGUUCAAUUUCAGGGACUGACGGGUGAUAUUAGCUUUAACGAAAACGGGGAUUCUCUGCGUUCAGUAGCAUACGAUAUCGUCAACUACCAGCUCGUUCCAGGGGAAACUCCUAUUCUUAAACAGGUGGGAACCUGGGGUAGAUUUAAUGAGCAGAGAUUACAGCUUAAGAGGGAGCUGUUAGUGUGGAACAAUGGCAGCAAGGUUGUUCCAUCUUCUCGUUGCAGUGAGUCGUGUCCUCCAGGUACGAGACAAUCUGCAAUCAUGAAUUGUUGCUGGGAAUGUAUCCCUUGUCGGUCUGGCUCAGUAAGUACAAGUUACAGCUCAACAAACUGCACGGCUUGUUUAGCAGAUGAAAAGCCCAAUCAAGGCAAUACAGCGUGUGAGCCUCUUCCGCUGAAUAAUUUAUCUCCUGAUGAUCCUCGAGGCAUCGGCUUAUUAGUGGCUGCGGCAAUUGGUGUCAUCCUUACUUUACUAACGUUUGGAGUAUUUGUGAAAUACCGUACAACUCCGGUAGUAAAAUCUUCAAAUCAAGAACUCAGCUAUGUGUUUUUGCUGAACAUUUUUGUAGCUUUCUUGGCAGCUUGCUUUCUCAUUUUUAAGCCGACUCCGUUUUUAUGCGCGGCAUACAUGUUCGUUGUCCCAAUUUGCGUCAACAUUAGCCUCUCAAUUUUGUUUCUGAAAACUGCUCGCUUGCUUCAUGUAUUUGAUUUCCAGGGGGCUGCAUCGUCGAAGUCUUGCUGGAUUUACAACAGAAAGUAUCAGUUUAUAGCUCUUGGAUCUCUUAAUAUUUUACCUGUGGUUUUCAUUAUCGUCCUCCUAUUUUUUGAACCUCCCAGCGUUCAUGUAAUUAUAGUACCACUCCAUCAUAAGACUAUUACGUGUGAAUACAAUGAGUCUAUCGUUGGAGAGAUAAUUCAUGUUACUAUAUAUGCAUACGAACUUUUUUUGUCGCUGAUGGUGACAUGUUACGCUUUUAGAGCUAGAAAACUGCCAAGCAAUUUCAAAGAGACAAAGUACAUAGCUUUUACCAUGUAUAUUCAGUUAAUCACAUGGGGCCUUGUAAUAGCCAUCUUUACAAGCUUAAAGACAGAGAGGACUCGAACGUUUUUGAACUGUUGUGCUCAACUUUGUAGCGCUUUUAGUUUUCUGCUUUGCAAUUUUGCACCAAAGCUGUUCAUUAUUCUGCUACACCCGGAGAAAAAUACACCUGAGUUUGUGAAAGCUGCCCUUACGCGAGAUACGAUGGCAAAAAUGAUGUCAAACACAUUUCAUCGAUCCAGGAGAACGGUAUCCGAGCCACCUCCCUUGCCGUUAGAGAGCAAUGGUAAGCCUACAUUGGUCAAAGAUGUAAAUUUAAACGAGUCUAACGGCAAAAGAGCUCCGAGGAGAUUUACGUGGAACAGUCCUACGACAAUACGUGAUCAAAUGACGCAUAGAGAUGUUGUGGAGUUGCACAUGCGUAAUGGUAUCUCGCCAACCCAUGUAAAUAGUGCAUCUUCAGAAAGUUGUGGAAAGGGAAUUCUAGUAGAAUCGGGAGAUUGCAACACAGGAAACGAUGGAGAAUGCGCAUUUCAUAACACUGCGAUGACUAUGGACAAGUUGGAAGACCCUGUGAUUCUAAGAAACGAGGAUUAUAAAAGUGUGGUUGAAGAUACUUCCUUGUGA